AUGGCUUUGCCGCGACCCCACGCGAGUAGCAGCAGCCAGCCAUCGGCUCCACCACUCGCGCGCAGCAGCCAGCCAUCGGCUCCACCACUCGCGCGCAGCAGCCAGCCAUCGGCUACACCGCUCCCACCAGCAGCACCGACGUCCGGCCAUCACGUCGCUCCCGCAAGCUCGUCCACAUCCUCUCGAACCGAGCCCACUGCUACGGCGCUCGCUCCUCCUGCCCGCGACCCUGCCGACGAUCAUGCUGUCGGUACUUCGGUACCGCCCGCUACUGCCCACGCCGUCUCCGUCAGUCUUCCCAAAUGGCAAGACAAUGUCGAUUACGAGGAGGGCAAGCUUGGCGAUGUCAUGGAAACCGGCUAUCCUCGAUUCUUCAUCCACAGACUUGUGCAAAAGCUCGCAGCGCUCAUGCUGCGCAAGUUUGGUGGCGCAAGCGGAGAUGUGGAGGAACAAUGUCUUCUCGUACCAAGCGCAAGAGUGGCAGAACGAUGCAGGCAGUUUAUGCUCUCUCAAUGGGCUCUGACAGCAAGCAGCGCCUCCGCGACGCCUUCGAUACGAGUGGUAGAGUACCGGAUACAGCCAAGCGCCGCACCACCCACACCCACGAGCAGCGCUGCUUCCAUCAAUCCGUGCGGCGCGGCACCGCACGACUACAUGCUACUCUACAUUGUCCUCUUUCCCUCUAGCGUUUGGUCUUUGGCAAAGAGCUACUGGCAACACACAGGUGACGGCAUUUCCUCUCGCUUCGCCCAAGACGUCCUCGCCCGGCUGGAUGUAGACGGGGCAGCAAUGACGGCAACAGAUCAGCAAAACGCGCUAAACGUCAGGACGGCAAAUGAUGCACAAGCACAUGGAGCAGCACCUCUUGUCGAGAUCCCUGCACCGCGCGCGAGGAAUCGCCAUUAUGCGAGGAGCAAUUCCUCGUCCGGUGCAUUGGCCUCCAUGUCCACCAGUGGUACAUUAUUACCACCCAGUCCCACGGCGCUGCGCCUCACGAAUGAUGUAGACGCUAGUGCGGACCAGGUGGCUUACCUCGAAGAGCGCUAUGCUCGAGUCUUGCCAUCCUCCAUGGGAGACCUCGCAAAGGCAGCUCUUCGACGCAGGAUUGCCGGCACACUUCUCAUAGAUCGCGACGGUACAGCCUCGCAAACUGACGUUUCAGCGACGGCAGACACGCUUCGAACAGGUACAAAUCUCGAUGAAAAGGACGUGUUCCUGUUGCCCUCCGGCAUGAGCGCCAUCUUUCAUGCGCACCAGACGGCGUUGAGAUGGAAGAGAGCGCAAAUGACCGGCCAGACGACUGGCGAGGCGUCACCCACCAAUCUUGGGAGGAGCGUCUGCUUUGGCUUUCCUUACCUCGACACGCUCAAGAUUCUGCAAAAAUGGGGCGACGGCGCACUCUUCUAUGGGCAUGGAACCAGCUCUGACCUUGCAGACCUGGAGAGCGCUUUACAGAGCAUGGACACGAAACCAUUGGCUCUCUUUUGCGAGUUUCCCUCCAACCCCCUCCUGCGUUCGCCCGAUCUCAACCGGCUGCGCCAACUUGCUGAUCAGUACGGCUUUCUGAUCGUCGUGGAUGAGACCAUCGGGAACUUUCUAAACGUAGAGGUGCUGCCUUACGCUGACAUUGUGGUCAGCAGUCUUACGAAAGUAUUCAGCGGCGAUACCAAUGUCAUGGGCGGAAGCCUUGUACUCAAUCCACGCUCAAAGCAUGCUGCGCUUCUUCGUCAGGUAUUCGAGCAAGAGUACGAAGACACGUACUACGGAGGUGAUGCCUGUGUGAUGGAACGCAACUCGCGCAACUUUGCCAAACGAGUGGUACGCAUCAAUGAGAAUGCCGAAGCUCUUGCCGACUUUUUGUACGAAGAGCGCGGCAGAGGCGUCAUCACAGACGUCUUUUAUCCAAAAUACGUCACUCGUGAUGCCUACGAUGCUUGUCGACGCAAGACCCCGCUGCUACCAGCCGACGAAGCCAGUGCGAACGGCUGCACGACGAGUGCUGCAGCCGACAAGCAGGGUCGCUACGGUGGCCUUCUCAGCAUCACGUUUGAGACGCCAAAGCAUGCGCAGGUGUUUUACGACAAUCUCGACGUGGCCAAGGGUCCAAGUCUCGGUAGCAACUUCACCUUGGCAUCUCCAUACGCCAUCUUGGCACAUUACACUGAGCUUGAUUGGGCGGCAGAAUAUGGUGUUCCUGCCAGCCUGGUCCGCGUGUCCACUGGUCUUGAGCAGCCCGACGAUCUCCUUGCUACAUUUACGCGCGCGCUCCUGAAGGCCGCCAGGAUCCGUGUGAGAUAA